AUGAUUCAUGUCUAUGCUUCAUGUGGUGUUUGGGAAUUGGUUGUAUCUUCAGGUUGGAGUUUUAAUGUUGAUAAAAAGAAAGGGGGAAGGUUACUUGCUUUGGAAUUGAAGUCUUCUCUGGAAGAGUUACAGAAAAUUGUUAUAGAGGAUUUUGGUUUUGAAGAAACAGAUGCUGAUUUGGAGUUGAGUUACCUUCCUAUUGGAUUGAUCAAUUCAUCAAAUUGUCCACCAGUGAUCAUUGGAAACUCAAGGCAAGUUCAAAAUUUUCUAGGGUUUUGUAAGAAGCAUCAGUCAACUCAAUUGUGUGUCAGCUAUAAAGCAAAGCAAGGAAAUCCAAAUAAGAUCGACAUUGAUCUUAAUAAGAUGCCAACUGAUGCAAGCACUAGUGAAGAGAACAAGCGAAAUCCUUGUGACAUUGGGACCGCUUCAAAUACUGUUAAGGGGGCUAAGCAUAACGAGAAGAAGAAAGGGAAGAUGAAGCAAAGUGAAGUUGAUGGAGAUGAUUAUGAUGCUGACAAGCAUAACGAGAAGAAGAAAGGAAAAAUGAAGCAAGACGAGGGCUCCACAUAUUUUAUUAUUAAGAAGUAUGUCGGUGUACAUUCCUGCGCACCUUCAAACAAAACCAGUGCCGGAAGGACAGCUUCAGCGAAAACGAUAGGCAAUCUGAUAAUGCAUAAAUAUGAAGGUAUCAAGGAAGGGCCUAAAGCGAAAGAUAUUGUUCAGAUUAUGCGCAAUGAUUAUGGAUGUGAGAUCUCUGAAUCUUUAGCAUGGGAUUCCCGUGAAUAUGCAGUCAACGCUGUUAGAGGUAUUCCAGAGGAAAGUUAUGGGAAAAUACCAAAAUAUUUGCACAUGCUGCGAGAGGCCAAUCCGGGUACACAUUCCUCUUACAAGACUGACGUCGAUGGUAGAUUUCGAUAUCUGUUUAUAGCGUUUGGUCAAUCGAUCAGAGGCUUUAACACAGUCAUGAGGCGUGUCAUUGUUGUCGAUGGAACAUUCUUGAAGAGUAAAUUCAAAGGGGUGCUACUGGUUGCAACUGCUAUAGAUGGAAAUUCAAAUUUAUAUCCUAUUGCAUUUGGGAUAGUAGACUCUGAGAAUGAGCAGUCUUGGGAAUGGUUUAUGAGAGAAUUAAAAGUUGUUGUUGCUGAUGAUAAUGGUUUGGCUUUUAUUUCGGAUAGACAAGUGUCAAUAGCGAAGGCAGUGGAGAAAGUGUAUCCCCUAGCGAGACACGGUAUCUGUAUUCAUCAUUUGUUGAAUAAUGUGAUAUCAUAUUUCAAGGGGAAGGGAUUAGCUGGGUUGAUUUCUAAGGCUUCAAAGGCUUAUAGAGUGGUUGAUUUCAAGAAGACGUUUGCUCAUGUUUGCAAUAUCAGUCCAGCAAUUGGAACGUAUCUUAUGGAAGCAGAUGUCAGAAAGUGGGCUAGAUGUCAAUUUCAUGGAUACAGGUAUGACAUUAGGACAAACAAUCCUGCAGAGUCGAUAAAUUCUGCGUUGCGUUCGCCGAGAGAGUUUCCCGUAAUUCCUUUGUUGGACAGUAUUAGAGAAAUGCUGACACGUUGGUUUUUUAAGCGUAAGAAGUUGAUUUCAAAGCACACCCACCGUUUGACCAUAGAUGUGGAGGAAAAGAUUGAUAGGAGAAUUGGAAAGGGGAAAACUUUCGCAGUUUACCCUGUAACCGAUAGCCAGCUGCUUGUUAAAGGCGAUACAAUUGACUGCUUUGUUGAUUUGGACAAACGGACUUGUUCUUGUGGGAAGUACGACCUCUCGAAAAUCCCUUGUAGACACGCAAUAAAAGCUGGUUUCUUUGUUGGUAGAGAACCAUAUACAUUGACUGAUUUUUUGUAUACCACGGGAGCUUGGAGAGAAGCUUAUCAAGAAAGCAUAAAUCCCAUUUCAGUUCCUGAAGAUGGUUGGUCUGUCCCACAAGUUGUGGAAAAUUCUGAAGUGCUACCGCCUGAGACAAGAAGAUCUCUUGGAAGAAAUAGAAAACGCAGAUAUGAAACUGUUGAAGACAAAAUCCGAUCAUCACAAGGAUCACAGGGGGGUCAGUCUCGUAAGUGCAGUAGAUGUGGUCUUGGUGGUCAUAAUAGAGCAACUUGCAAGAUGCCAAUAUAG